GAGGAGUAUAAACCAGGGAAGGCGCUAGCAGAAGAAGAGCUGAAGAACGCUAUUAGCAUCCACCAUUCGCUUGCCACACGGGCAUCUGACUACAGCAAGCGACCCAAUGUCUUCUACCUCAGGACAGCUGACUGGAGGGUCUUCCUCUUCCAAGCCCAGAACCCCGAACAGAUGCAUUCAUGGAUCACACGCAUCAAUGUGGUGGCAGCCAUGUUCUCUGCACCCCCCUUCCCCGCUGCCAUCGGCUCCCAGAAGAAGUUCAGCCGCCCACUGCUGCCCAGCUCCUGCACCAGGCUGUCCCAGGAGGAGCAGGUGAAGAGCCAUGAGUCUAAGUUCAAGACGAUGUCAGCGGAGCUGCUGGAGCAUCGCUCCUCGCUGCCCGAGAAGAAGGUGAAGGGCAAGGAGUACGAGGAGCUGAAGCAGAAGGAAGAUUACCUGGAGUUUGAGAAAUCCCGCUAUGGCACCUACGCCAUGCUGCUGCGGGCUAAGCUGAAGGCCGGCUCCGAAGACUUGGCAGCGUUUGAGUCCACCCUCUUUGACGCAGCAGGUGGGGAGGAUGAUGGCCUGAAAAAAUCCCGCUCCAGCCCCUCGCUCAACGCGGAGCCCACUGGCACAGCCACCAAGGUGAAGCGCAAUGUCUCGGAGCGCAGUAGCCGCCAGCCCCCUGGCCACCCUCAGAAGUCAUAA